CACGUCGUGUUUGCGGAAGUGUCCUUCAGCGCUCCACCACCAGCAACGAGUAAACAGAUCUCCGGGAUGUCGCAAGGCGCUAAGUUUUAGCCUUAAAUAUUAAAUGAUAUAAACUAUUAGCUGUGAUGCAGAAGCUCACGGUGGAUAAUUUCUAGACGCAGAAAGUGAUUGGAAACAGCAUACCGAACAUUUAAGCCUUAACAUUACAAUGACAGCUGAGAGGCUGCUGAAAGCGAUUAUGUCUGUGCUACGUUAAGCUAGCAUGCUAGGCUAAGUGCUAGCCACGGCUAACUUCAGUUGGUUUUUUGGAAUGGUAGAGCGCAGCGCGAGCUCCUCCGGACAUGGCAGCGGGAGCAGGGGCCGCUUCUGGCGGCUCUCUAGAGUCUACUUUAGACAGAAAGUUUCAAAGUGUCACGAACACGAUGGAUUCAAUUCAAGGACUGUCAGCGUGGUGCAUCGACAACAAGAAGUACCACAGCGUGAUUGUGCGACACUGGAUAAAGUGUUUGAAGAAAUCUGAUGCCCCACACAGGCUCAACCUUUUUUAUCUGGCCAACGAUGUCAUUCAGAACUGCAAAAGGAAAAAUGCCAUUGUUUACCGCACAGCGUUUGCUGAGGUGCUUCGUGAUGCCCUCUUGCUGGUCAACUUUGAAGGUGACCCUAAGGUUAUAAAAUCAGUGGAGAGGAUACUGUCCAUUUGGGAGGACAGGGGUGUGUAUUCAGGGACACUCAUUACUGAGCUUAGGAGUAGCUUAGUCAAAGAGGAGUCCCCUCCUGAGACACCCGUGGAGCAAAAAACUCCAGUUGAGUCUAAAGCAGAUCUACGGUCCAAGGUUGUUGCUGAGUUUGUGCCCCAGGCACUAAUAGACGAACUGGCCAAGUACAAGAGAUCUGUGGAGGAGGUUGACCUGAGAGAAAAACAGCUGGCAGCUAUGAGGGUUGACAUCUGCAGUUCUGAAGCCCUCAAGAAACUCAAAGAUAAAGCCGGAGGAAAGAAGUUCUCCAAGGACUUUGAGGAAGGAAGUGCACAACUACAGGAGUUUGUCAAGUUCCUUGAGAAAGAAAGCAAAACAGGGCCUUCUGUCAUGGAAGCCCUCAGCAACGCAGAUAUCUUCUACGAGACGCAGUAUAAGGAGGUCAAGAUUGUUGCUAAUGCCUACCAGACGUUUGCUAACCGGGUGGCCCACCUGAAGCGUAAGCUGGACACCCUGAAGGCCACCUUGCCAGACCUGGACGAGUCACCUAUCCCCUCACCCUCUGCAGACGCGCCGUCUCCAACCGGCUCAGAGUCCCCUUUUCAUGGUCUGGAAUUGGCCCACCCCAAUCCAGAUCUUGAUGGCUCUGCUAUGGAUGAUGAGGCAGAGCCACCGGCUCCGAGCCCUCUGUCCUCACCGGGAGGAUCCCCCAAACACACAGAGACUCUCGGAGAGAAUGACAAUCGUGAAGUGGAAGACAUGGAGCUCUCUGAGGAAGAAAUGGACAGCGGUGGCAUUAUAGUUGAGGAGCAGAUUGAAUGCCCCACCCACCCCAAGGUGUCCACUCCAGUCCCUACAAAAACUAAGCAAUCAGUGGCAACAGAGCAGCCUGUCACACAGGUCACACCCCCUGCAGCAGCUCCUGCAGCAGCUCCUGCAGCAGCUUUGGAAAGUGUUGACCUGGGUAAAAUUGGCUCCAUCCUUAACAGUUUAAGCUCAGUCAUGAAGAACACAGUAGAGAGUCCUCCUGCAGCUGCCCCUGCUGGCUCCUCAUUGAAGACCACACCUGCUGCCUCUGUGGCCUCUCAGGAUGCCAGUUCACUGGUAAACCUCCUCUCCAAGGUGGACGUAAGUCCUGAAGACCUCCUCGGUGCUCUCGCCAAAGUCCAGGGCCAAGGCAGCCUUGAGGGCAUUACUUCUCUUCUGAGCAGCCCAGUUGCAAAUGUCUCCUCAGACUCCUCCAGUACAGGCAAGAUUCCUCCCUCUCCCUCAUCCACAUCUGCAUCAGCAGUACCCUCUCAGAGCAUGUCUCUCUCCUCUGUUGCACCUGUGCCUUCUUCACCCAGCUCCACUGUAAGAGAGAGCACAAGAUCCCAAGCCCCCCCUCAGACUUACAACCCAGCCUCUGCCCUAGUCCAGGCUCUCCAUAGAGACAUGGAUUUGAUAACAGAGCCAGAACCGUCCUUGGAUUCUAAGAGUUUAGAGUCUAAAAUCCACCGCUUCCUGCAGGGGAACUCUGCUUUCAGUGCAUUUGACCUGGGUUUUUCUACAAACCCUGUGCCGGGAGGGGAUAACCUCAGCCCAGUAGCUGGAACAGACAACCAGGGUGGGACUCCAGUUAGGGAUGAGGGCGGAGGCACCCCAACUCAAGAUGAGAUCAUGGACAAGCCUGUCGUGGCCCCGUUCACUUCCAACACAAAUCGGUUAUCUGUUGGAGAAACUGUUAAAACGGCUCCUAUUGCAUUUCAGAACAGCAGUCAGCAGAACCCCAACAAUCCCCAACAGCACCCUCACUUGCAGCCGGGUGUGGCUCAGAAUGGGAAGGUCUACCAGCCGUACUCAUAUGGCAAACACGAGAUGUCAGAGCAUGGGAUUACUGCACCUGUUGCACAUUACCAGCAGAUUUCUGCACAAACAGGAGGGCCAGUGCCUGGAGAAAGAGCCCCAGGCAGUGCCAGUAGCACACAGACGGUUGAAGGCUUUCAGGGGGUGAUUGAACAGGGUUGGUAUGGUGUCACUUACCCAGACUCUCAGCAACACAGAGGCUACAAUGUGACAGCACCUGGAGGGGCUGGAGAAAACAAGAUGUCAGGACCUUAUCCAUACCAAGUAGAGCAAACUCAGAAACCUCAAGAGUUGGCCAACCAGCAGGGCGCCACCACAUCCCCUGGUUUCUUAAGAAGCAUCCUCCCUCCCAUCCCACAGUUACCUCCCCCUCCUCUAAGCUUUGACGGCCCUCCUUCCGCAACCAGCAGUACGAUGAUUCCCCUAGAGCAUCAGCCAAUGCCCCAUGCAGACAGAGGGGAGGUGAUUGGGCCCAGAGCCGACAGUGUCAUCAGUGGAAUGGUGAUCCACGACCAUCAACACAAAUCUAUGUUUCAUCCAGAUGAUCCACAGUAUAACCUUGAUCGACCUCCUCACCCUGAGGAUUUACACUCUCACCCAGACGACCUGCGUUACCAGGAGGACCCCGAGCAUUACCACAAUGAGCUCCGCCAUCAUGAUGCCCUUUUCUUUCAAGACGACCCUUACCGCCACCCAGAUGAUCCAUACUACAGGCAAGGCAGCCCUCCACACCACUACCCCAGAGUUCGAGGGCGCCUCACUCCCCCUCUCUCACCAUCAGAGGACCCUUUCUAUGGCCACAACUACCAACGGCACAGCCCCCCUCCUCCGCACUACACUCUGAGGAGACCACCACCUCAUCUUGAAAUCCGUCAUCCUGGUCUGCGGCCUCCACAUCGGCCUCCACAUCGGCCUCCACACCCAGCACACCACCCUCACCCCAGAGGACCCCCACGUGCACCAUUUCCUCGGUUUCCCGGCCCCGACCCAAGGUUAAGAGGCAAACGUCCAGGUCCAAGAGGAGGGGGAAAUGCUGGUCCAAUGUUCCCCCCAAAAAGACCCUUUCCACCCCCACGGUACUGACUGAACAUGUAGCAUUGAGCUCUUGAAAUCACUGUGGAUGUCGUGAAGGCAUAAGGCAGGACUUUUAAGACUGUUCAGUAACUUGCUAGUCGCUCAGUAUUGAGGUCCACACCCUGCCAUGAGAAGCUUCUGAAAUGGAAAAUGUGGAAGGAUAAAAGGGCAGAUACUGAGGGUGGGCAUCAGGAGACAAGGCAGAAGAAAAAUGUAAAUGGCAAAGAAUAAAGGAUGUUCAGAAGGUUGAGGAGAACAAGAGACAACACCAGGAGAUGUAAAAGAAAUCGGAGGCUCUGAGAGGGCUGCUGAGCUGAAGAGUGAAGACAGAAGAUUAAAGAAAAUAAGAGGUGGAUAUAUAUAAUUCACUUUUUGUGUUAUUUGCUCCAGUAUGAAGCAUUGCAUUAAAUAUGUAAUUUAGCAUCAGUUUGAUAUAGGUCAGAGUGUGUGCAUGGUAUGCGUGUGUGCAUGCGGUCAAGCGUAAGUCAACUAGUCACAGAAGUUGAAUCGGGAAGAUAGUUAUUUUUGCUAAGAGAGUAACAAAAGAAUGUAGUUGAUGCAAUGUUUCUGCUGUUACUUAGUUUUUCAGGGAGCAGUUUUGACUGCUUCUCUUCCAUAUCAGCAGUAUCUUAGUAGCUUUUGAUAAAACAUCCAUUUAAAUUUCACUUUGGGUAUGAAAAACAGUGUGUUAAAGAAUUUAUGUUCCUUCUACAAACCUCGUUAGCAUAUUUGGCCAAAUGAUUUUUCAUUGUUCCAACUCCGAAUGUUAUAUUUGUGAAGCGAUGCUUUCUCUACUAGUGCGUAAUAUCUCCUCGGCGAUAGUUUUACGUCUCGUUAAGUUCCUUGAAGGAGAGCGGCACAAGUCUAUUUAAAGGGAGAAAGAGGUGUGAGAGUUAUUUUUUUCAGCCUCCAACACCGACGCAGAAGAAGUGCAUUUUUGGAGAGGAUGAAGAUACUCGUCUUCAGUUUCGUUUUACUUGUACUGACUAAUAAAAAUCUGAGUUUGAAAAAA